UUUCAAAAAAUCAUAAGAAAUGAUACAACAACGUGUCAUUCUAUGCGUUCUUUUCACUUCUGUGCAAGGUCAAAUUAUUGAUCCAUGUGAUCCUGGUGGCCAUUCGCUUUUGUACAGAUCCGGAGACCGUGGAAGUAACUGCACACUAGAUUAUUAUGAUCGAAUUUGUGAUAAUUCUAUUCAAGAAAAAUGGUACCGAAUACAGAGUCAUGAUGACCUUCAAUCAAGGACUAUGAUUACCGAACCACCAAAGUUUUUUGAGUGCGGGACCUCAUCACCAAUCUGGAUGAAUGGUCUUCAUCCAACACAAGAAGAAGGAAUCGUCAACAGAACUGCAUGUGUCCUGGGCAUUUCAGAUAACUGUUCAUCACGCUAUGAUAUUAUGGUCAAAAAUUGCUCUGCAUAUUUCGUGUACUUCCUUAAAAGAACACAAAGAUGUGACGAAGGAUAUUGCUUUAGUUCUUCUGAAUGCGCAAAACCAGACCCGUGCAAUCCCAAAAACUAUCGAAUGAUCGAAGACGACGGAGGUAGAUCAGCGUAUUGUAGAAAAUCAUCAAGUAACCUAUGUGACAAUCAGCUAAGGACUUAUUGGUAUCGUGUGAUGAAAGAUUCCAGCGACAUAUUAAUGCCAACAGACUGCAUAGACAUGCUUAGUUGCGGAACAACCUCUCCUAUUUGGCUGAACGGAACUUAUCCUGAAGUGAAUGACAAAACUGUUGAGCGGUAUGCAUGUGUGAGUUCAUCACCAAAAGGUUCAUGUUGUGAGAGGUCAUAUAAUAUAAAGAUGAGAAAUUGUUCCUCUUUCACAGUGUACCAACUAACGGAAACUUCUCAGACACACUGUCCUGAAAGAUAUUGCUUUGGAAACAGCAGCGAUUGCCCAGAGGUUGAGAAUAUCGUUACACAAAGAACAGAUAAUACGCCAUCAGCUUGUAGUGGUGGUUGUGCUCGUGAUGUCGCAAUAGGAGUGACAGCUGGUGUAUGUGUCUCGGUUGUUACAUUUGCAGCUGUUAAAUACUUCUUAAGCAAGUAUACAAGAGUUGGCGGUCCAAAAGAGACUAAAACCGGCGAGAAAAUUUGAAGAUAUGCAAUGCAGUGGUUUAUGGUUUUGACGUACUUUUAGAUAUUUAUAAUUUAUAUUUUAUAUUUGACAGCUUUGUCAUUGUCAUUAGAUUAAUAGACAUGAAAUACUU